AUGGCGGCCUUCUUUUCGAAUUUCGUUAUGGUCUCGAUUUUCGCGGUCUUGGCUUGUUUCGUCGUGCCAUCCUUGGGCAAUUUCUAUAGAGAUGCGGAUAUUACGUGGGGGGAUGGUCGUGCCAAGAUACUCGAAGGCGGGCGUGGACUUUCUUUGUCGCUCGACCGAAACUCGGGCUCGGGUUUCCAAUCCAAAAACGAGUACUUGUUCGGGAGGUUCGACAUGCAGCUCAAACUCGUACCUGGAAACUCGGCUGGCACUGUCACCACAUUCUUCUUGUCGUCUCAAGGUGAAGGGCACGACGAGAUAGACUUUGAGUUUCUCGGGAACUCGAGCGGUGAGCCUUACACGGUGCACACGAAUGUGUACUCAAAGGGAAAAGGUGACAAGGAACAACAAUUCCACCUUUGGUUCGACCCAACUGCCGCAUUCCACACAUACUCGAUCGUUUGGAAUCCUCGGCGCAUCUUAUUCUUGGUGGACAAUAGUCCCAUUCGAGUUUUCAACAACCACGAGUCGAGUGGUGUGCCGUUCCCAAACACCAAGAGGAUGAGAGUGUACUGCAGUUUGUGGAAUGCAGACGAGUGGGCAACUCAAGGCGGUCGGGUCAAGACAGACUGGACAAAGGCUCCUUUUGUGGCAUACUACAGAAAUUUCAGGAUUGAAAACGGCCCACAGUCUCAGAAUCUAGAGCUUGAUGCUAAGGGAAGAAAUAGACUCAGAUGGGUUCAACAGAGGCAUAUGGUCUAUAAUUAUUGUGCCGAUAAUCGAAGGUUUCCUCAAGGAACAUCUAUCGAGUGCAAACGCUCAAGGUUCUAA